AUGAAGGAGAGGAUUGUUCUAGAUGCAAGAGGAGUACCAAUUUCGCAGUCACGUCGACGUAUUAGGAGUAGUUUUGGAGGAGGUGCCGUCGUGAUACCUGCAUCAGUACAGUCUACAUUAGAUCUAGACUUGCCACCUCUCCCUCCCAGGCCAACAGAUCCAGCAGAAAUACGGAAGCUGGUGCGCAGCAAAAUGAUCCGUUGCAAGGUGUGCAACAACCGUUUUGGGCAGAGGAAUCUUCUAGAGCGUCAUUUACGUGAUAGGCAUCAUGUUGAGUAUCUCGAGUACAUCUAUCAAGAAGAACUUGAAGUUCAAAGACAAAGGGAAGAAGAGUUGGAGAGGAAUAGAAUUGAUGAAUUGACCUCAGGCGGUUUCAUUCCUCCUCAGUCUGAGAUAGAAUCGAACAGCUACGAAAUUGACGUGCGAGACAUACCGCUUCCCGGUGAAUUAUCAAAUGGGAUUGUAGCAAGGUUUGAUGCUAAUGGCUACCUUCGCCAACCGAAGCGCUCAUUUCGAAAGAAGGUUUCUCCUCAAUGUCCAUUCUGUGACAAGAGGUUCAGGAAUGAAGUGUCCUUGAAGAAACACUUUGUUAAAAAACAUCCGGAGUCUGUCGAAUUUGUGCAGUGCCUUGACUGCUUCAAGUGCCUUCCAGACAAAAGUCAUCUGGCAGAUCAUGAAUGUGAUAUGACGUGGUUGUGUUUCGAAUGCUCUCCUAUUCAAAAUAUGUGCACGGAGCAACGCUUCAACAACCACCGUGCCAAAUUCCAUCGAGGCGCUAAUUCCGGCUUCAAAUGCAAUGAAUGCAAUCAGAAGUUCCUCACUCCAAGGAAGUUGAGAAAACACAAAAAGAUGUCCCACAUUUUUGUUAAAACCUACGCCUGCCAUUUUUGCGAGGAACUCUUCACGAGCGAAGUAUCGGUGAUGACGCAUGAGCGAAUUCAUACUGGUAUAAUCAAGUUUGAAUGUAAAAUUUGCGAUUUCCGGUGUAAUAGAUAUAUCCAAAUGGAGAACCACAAAAAGGAGGAUCAUGGUUAUCUCUGCUCCAUUUGCCAGGAGAGCUUUGGAGAGUGGGCCGAGAUCAAAAACCACACAUUGUCAAAGCAUGGUGGUUAUCUCACCAGCGAUACCUACACUGGCUAUGUCGAGUCUCCUCGUGUUUGGGCCUUGUUUAAAGGAGAUUGA